AAGGAAGUAUCCAGGCUGAGCAUCAUGAAGGGGCCCUCACCCACUAGCAGCCUCCUGCUGAUACUGUUGCUCCUGAGCCCAGAUCCUGGAGCAGCAUUGAUACUGCCACCCAGCACUACAUGCUGUACUCAGCUCUACCGACAGCCACUCUCAAGCAAGCUACUGAGGCAGAUCAUCCGGGUGGAACUGCAGGAAGCUGAUGGGGACUGUCACCUCCAGGCCUUCGUGCUUCACCUGUCUCGACGCAGUGUCUGCAUCCACCCCCAGAACCGCAGCCUGGCUCGGUGGUUUGAGCACCAUGGACGGAGGCUCCAGGGGACUCUGCCCAAACUGAGUUUGGGGCUGUAGGGGAAAAGGGCCAGGGCCCCCAUUAGCCAAAAUAAUAAAGCAAGACUGGACAAUA